GCGUGCAAACGCUGUCGUGCAUUCCUUGCUGGGAAUGACCGCUGCUUCAUGUGCAGUGCCAUGGAUUCAAGCAGCGCCGUGGAGGGGCAUGCCUUUGGCCAGCGACAACCGCCACUCUACGUUACCAUCCAGAAGAUUCUGGACAAGUAUCCGGACGGCCAAAUAUUCAAGGAGAUUAUUCAAAAUGCUGACGAUGCUGGAGCAAGCACUGUGCACUUCUACCUGGACAGCCGUCAGCAUGGAUCACAGUCACUGAUUCACCCCAGUCUAGGCCAGUUCCAGGGACCGUCUCUACUCUCCUACAAUGACGCCAUGUUCCAGGAAAAGGACUGGCGGAGUAUUCAGGACAUGCAGCAGAGUGUAAAAAGUAACAAAGAGUACCUCCAUGGUGGAUCUUCUCUAUGCCCCUGACUUCUACAUCUUUUGUGUGGUGGUCUCGUCGGCAGAAAUGGGCUGCUACUGGUUUAUCAGUUUUUUUUGGUCUGGAUAUCUGAACGUGUUCGUUGAUCCUAAUGUGUAGAGGCUGUUUUGUCUCUCCCACGUAUUGUAGAUUGCACCUUUUGCAUGUUAUGGACAUUGUUCAGAUAUCGGGACCAAAAAAACUGAUUUACCGCUAAACAGUGUAACACAGUGGGUCCCACUUUUAAUACCUUCUCGGAAGCAAGAGACAGUAGUUAACAACACCGGUUUUUUUGGAUUUAUGUUUGCAUGAACUUGUGGGACCCUCUAUAUUAAUUAUCACACAUAAAUUAACACAU